AUGACCACCAAACGUCCACAUAGCUUCACCUGCAAGAAACUCUUCACCAACCCAUGCAAAAGUCUCACAAACGUGUUUAAAUUCAAACUCAAGAAACCAAUCUUUAUAACUCGGUCUCGCAAGACAAAACCCAUAAGCACAUCCACCAACACACAGCGUUUCUGCUCUUUAACAUCGUGUUUCAAGCCAUUCAGAAAGACAGGAGACAUGGAUAGGCUAAUGGAGCUCAAGAGCUUCUCAGACGCCGGGUAUAUGCAGAAAGCGCCAUGCCCAUCGCCUCUUACCCCAGCAUAUAUCAAAAUGAGUCGAGCUAACAGGGAAAGCGUGAUUCAAGAAGAAAAUGAUGCUGGAGAGGCUUGCAGGAGCUUUGAGAAUUAUUUGGUGAAGAUGAUAGCAGAGGAAGGGAAAAUGAGGGAUUUGGUCGAUGUGGAAGAGCUUCUUUACUGCUGGAAGAACCUCAAAAGUCCUGUGUUUAUGAACCUGGUGUGUAGAUUUUAUGGGGAGCUUUGUAAUGAUCUGUUUUCUAGCAAUGUAGAUGUUGCUGAUCAUGAUGAUAUUCGUAGCCUAAUGAAAUAA